AUGCUGCUUCACUUCAUAUUGUAUGCUGCACUAAGCAGUGUAGUAACCAGCGUAUCCCUACAGCCACGUCUGCAAGAUGGCUUAGCAUUGACACCACAAAUGGGAUGGAACACGUACAAUCAUUACUCGUGCUCCCCAAACGAGACUAUCGUUCAGUCCAAUGCACAAGCAUUGGUUGACUUAGGCUUGUCCUCUCUCGGAUAUCGAUAUGUCACGACGGACUGCGGCUGGACAGUCGCAGACCGGCUGCCUGACGGAUCCUUGACGUGGAACGACACCCUGUUCCCUCAAGGAUUCCCGGCUAUGGGUGAUUUCCUCCAUGAUCUAGGUCUCCUAUUCGGCGUGUAUCAGGAUUCCGGGAUUCUGUUAUGUGGAAGUCCGCCGAAUGAGACAGGAAGCCUGUACCACGAAGAACAAGAUGCCAGAACAUUUGCCUCGUGGAAUGUGGACUCUCUCAAAUACGACAAUUGUUACUCCGACGCCGCAACUGGCUACCCUAACGUCAAUUACGCGCCCAGUACCUCUCCAGAGCCCAGAUUCGCCAACAUGUCUCAUGCUUUAUUGCAGCAAAAUCGAACCAUUCUAUUCCAAAUCUGCGAGUGGGGUAUCAGCUUCCCCGCGAAUUGGGCCCCUGCUCUCGGUCAUUCUUGGCGAAUUGGGAACGACAUCAUACCUGACUGGCGGACAAUCUUCCGCAUCAUAAACCAGGCAGCUCCACAAACAGAUGUUGCUGGCCCGGGCCAAUGGCCGGACCUUGACAUGCUUGAAGUGGGGAACAAUAUAUUUUCUCUUCCAGAGGAGCAGACGCACUUUUCGCUCUGGGCCAUUCUCAAGAGCCCGUUGAUAAUUGGCGCUGCCUUAAAGGAUGAGCUCACUGCCAUAAAUGACGCGUCGCUAGCAGUUCUGAAACAGAAGGAUGUCAUAGCAUUCAAUCAAGAUGCACUGGGGAAGAGUGCGAGUCUACGCCGGCGCUGGACCGAAGAGGGCUAUGAGGUAUGGAGUGGGCCGCUGUCGAAUGGUCGGACAGUGGCUGCGGUCAUCAAUUGGCACAAUGAAAGCAAGGACCUGACCCUGGAUUUGCCGGAUGUUGGGCUCCAACAUGCAGGGACGGUGAAGAACAUUUGGGACGGCACUACUGCACGGGAUGUGCUUACUUCCUACACGGCGACAGUAGCCGGCCAUGGCACGAUGCUACUCGAACUACAGAAUACGACUGCUGUCGGAGUGUAUCCACGAGGAGUUUUCGGAGUAUCUUCUGGGUAUGUUCGUCCUUGUUCCAAACAUGCAUGCUUCUGA